AUGGCCGAGCCGGCCGCGGGCGAGGACUCGGGCACCGGGCGAGUUUGCAGGGGAGAGCAAAGAAAUCCAGGACGUGGCCGUGAGGCUCCAGAGCGCCCCGAGCCAGGCUGGGGUGGCGAAAAGUGCUCAAUAAACGCUCUUUGUCCUGCAGAGGUGCUCGGCUCGGCCCCAGUCACCAUCGUGGUCACGUCCGAGGCCGACACCUGGGACAUCGACACCUCCUCGUGCCGGGGCCGCGGGCCCUUCGUGGACUGGGACAAGGUGCCGGAGCCGCGGGGGCCGGCGCCGGUGCCGCGGGACGUGCUGGGCAGGCCCCCGAAGGAGCUGAAGCGGCUGGCGAGGGAAGGCUGCUGGGCCCGGAGCCACGCGGGCCGGGCCCGGCUCUACCCCCGGCUCAUCCAGCGCGUCUCCUGCCGCCUCGUCACCCCCGACGCGCCCGCGUACCGGGACGUGGCCGGCCGGCUCUUCGGGAAGCGCAGCGUCAGCUCCCACCCGCUGCCCGAGUUCCUGGAGGGCUGCCCCGUGCCCACCUACUGCCUCAGCCCGCACGGGGUCACGGCCCUGAAGAAGAUCCUGGUGUGCGUGGGCGCCCUGUUCCCCGACAUCACGCACAGCCCCCUGCUGCCGGCGCUGGCCGCGCUGCUGCUGCACUACAGCGAGGACGAGGCCCAGUGCUUCGAGAGCCUCUCGCGCCUCAUCGCCAGCAACGCUCCCCACGCCGCCUACAUCGACCAGUCCUUCCUGGCCCACCAGGCCUCCUGCAUGACCUUCGGGGACCUGGCCAGCAAGCACUGCCCGGCGGCCCACAAGCUCAUCGCCGGCGCCGCCGACAACGUCCUCGAGGUCUACUCGGAGUGGCUGUCGUGGCUCUUCCCCGGGCUGCCCUUCGGCUACGCCGUGCGCGUGCUGGACGUGUUCCUGCUGGAGGGCCAGAAGGUGCUGUACCGCAUCGCCCUGGCCCUGCUGAAGCAGUUCCGGCUCUCGGCGGCCCCGGCCGGGCUGCAGGGCUCCGACGUCAAGGCAGAGCUGCAGGCUUUCGUCAGGAACAUCGCCAAGCACGUGUCCGCGGACAAACUCCUGGAGAGAGCCUUCGGCAUCCGCCUCUUCUCCCGCAAGGAGAUCUGGCUGCUCCACAUGGCCAACAGGAAGGCCUUGGUGGAGAGGGGCAUCACCGUGGUGCAGAGAAGGCCGUCCUUCCACCUGGCCGUGGACAUGCAGAAGUUCAGCUCCAGCACUGUCACGGCGCAGGAGAUGCGCCUGGUCUGGUCCUGGAUCCCCGAGCGCUUCUCGCUCUUCCCCCCGCUGCUGCUCUUCUCCACCUCCGAGGACGGCUGCAGCCUGCAGAGGUUCUACACGUGCUGUGAAGGCUACGAACCCACGGUGCUGCUCAUCAAAACCACCGAGGGGGAGGUGUGUGGGGCGUUCCUCUCCUCCGACUGGGCCGAGAGGAAGAAGAGCGGAGGCACCUCGGGCUUUUUUGGGACAGGAGAGUGCUUUGUGUUCACUGUAAGUCUCGGUUUGUGUCUGGGGGUGUCCUGGCAGGACCCCCUGUCCCGUCCCUGCCCGGGUGCGGCCCCUGCCCGCAGCCCCGGCAGCAGCAGCCGCCCCUUCCCGGCGGUGCCGGGGCUCAGCGGGUGCGUCCCGCUGCAGGUGCGCCCCGAGGCUGAGAGGUACGAGUGGGUGCUCAUCAAGAGGCCCGAGCUGGCCAAGGCCGUGCCGCGCUCCCGGCAGCGCUCGCCUUCCCCCGCUCCCGAAGCCCUGCCCGGCUCCUCCGGGGCCAGCUCCAGCCCCAAGCACCUGGCCGUGCCCUCGCCGCAGAGGAGAGGCCGCCUGUCCCCGUUCCUGGCCGCCAGGCACUUCUUGCUGCCCUCCGAAACCGCCUCCAUGUUCAUGGCCGGCUCCCGGGACGGCAUCGUUAUCGGUGGAGGGGGGGGCCAGGCGCUGGCCCUGGACGCCAGCCUGCUCCGGGGGCGCACAGAGCGCUGCGACACCUUCGACAACGCCCCGCUCUGCCGGGAGAACUUCCAGGUGCAGCUCCUGGAGGCGUGGGGCUUCCAGAGCGCCUAGUUCCCGUGGGGACACCCCCGUGUGCCGCCCCGGCCGGGCGUGGGUGAAGCUCCAGCUCCUCAGCUGGCAUCCCGAGCUGUGGGGAGGCGAUGCCAGGCACGGGGAGAAACAGCAGCGGGUUUGCCCAGAGAGGGGAUGGGCACUGCCUGGGGCUGUGCCAUCCUCAGCAGGUGCUCUGGGUGGAGCCGAGGGCACUCAGACUGUUAUUGGAAAUGCAGGCAAACCCAAUGGGAAGAAA